ACACACUUUAGAUAAGGACAAUUAGUCACUAGCAAAACUCAGUAGAAGAGAGGUUUGAGUCAGAGAGAUUGAAUGAGGGAGCUCUGUGCCUUCCCUGAAGCCAUGCCCUCCAGCAACUCCCGCCCCUCUGCGUGCCUAGCCCCGGGGGCUCUCUACUUGGCUCUUUUGCUCCAUCUUUCCCUUUCCUCCCAAGCUGGAAACAGGAGAUCCUUGCCUGUAGACAGAGCUCCACGUUUGAAGGAAAAGACCCUGAUUCUACUUGAUGUGAGCACCAAGAACCCAGUCAGGACAGUCAGUGAGAACUUCCUCUCUCUGCAGCUGGAUCCGUCCAUCAUUCAUGAUGGCUGGCUCGAUUUCUUAAGCUCCAAGCGUCUGGUGACCCUAGCCCGGGGACUUUCUCCCGCCUUUCUGCGCUUCGGGGGCAAAAGAACCGACUUCCUGCAGUUCCAGAACCUGAGGAACCCGGCGAAAAGCCGCGGGGGCCCGGGCCCGGAUUACUAUCUCAAAAACUAUGAGGAUGAUAUUGUUCGGAGUGAUGUUGCCUUAGAUAAGCAGAAAGGCUGCAAGAUUGCCCAGCAUCCCGAUGUUAUGUUGGAGCUCCAGAGAGAGAAGGCAGCUCAGAUGCAUCUGGUUCUUCUAAAGGAGCAAUUCUCUAAUACUUACAGUAAUCUUAUAUUAACAGCCAGGUCUCUAGACAAACUUUAUAACUUUGCUGAUUGCUCUGGACUCCACCUGAUAUUUGCUCUAAAUGCACUGCGUCGUAAUCCCAAUAACUCCUGGAACAGUUCUAGUGCCCUGAGUCUGUUGAAGUACAGCGCCAGCAAAAAGUACAACAUUUCUUGGGAACUGGGUAAUGAGCCAAAUAACUAUCGGACCAUGCAUGGCCGAGCAAUAAAUGGCAGCCAGUUGGGGAAGGAUUACAUCCAGCUGAAGAGCCUAUUGCAGCCUAUCCGGAUUUACUCCAGAGCCAGCUUAUAUGGCCCUAAUAUUGGGCGGCCCAGGAAGAACGUCAUUGCCCUCCUAGAUGGAUUCAUGAAGGUGGCAGGAAGCACUGUGGAUGCGGUUACCUGGCAACAUUGCUACAUUGAUGGCCGCGUGGUCAAGGUGAUGGACUUCCUGAAAACUCGCCUGUUAGAUACACUCUCUGACCAGAUAAGGAAAAUUCAGAAAGUGGUUAAUACAUACACUCCAGGAAAGAAGAUUUGGCUUGAAGGUGUGGUGACCACCUCAGCUGGAGGCACAAACAAUCUAUCAGAUUCCUAUGCCUCAGGAUUCCUAUGGCUGAACACUUUAGGAAUGCUGGCCAAUCGGGGCAUUGAUGUUGUGAUACGGCACUCAUUUUUUGACCAUGGAUACAAUCACCUUGUGGACCAGAAUUUUAACCCUUUACCAGACUAUUGGCUCUCUCUCCUUUACAAGCGCCUGAUUGGCCCCAAAGUCUUGGCCGUGCACGUGGCUGGACUCCAGCGGAAGCCACGGCCAGGCCGAGUGAUCCGGGACAAACUAAGGAUUUAUGCUCACUGCACAAACCACCACAACCACAACUAUGUUCGUGGAUCCAUCACACUUUUUAUCAUCAACCUGCAUCGAUCAAGAAAGAAAAUCAAACUGGCAGGGACUCUCAGAGACAAGCUCGUGCACCAGUAUCUGCUGCAGCCCUAUGGACAGGAGGGCCUAAAGUCCAGGUCAGUGCAGCUGAAUGGCCAGCCCUUAGUGAUGGUGGACGACGGGACCCUUCCAGAAUUGAAGCCCCGCCCCCUGCGGGCCGGCCGGACAUUGGUCAUCCCUCCAGUCACCAUGGGCUUUUAUGUGGUCAAGAACGUCAAUGCUUUGGCCUGCCGCUACCGAUAGACCACCCUCACACUCACGCGCUACCGUGGGCCUGCAGGACCCUCCACUCUUUCACCCUAGUAGUCGCCUUAUUUUUCAGACACCUUAGCAACCAAACUCUGCAGCCCCAUCCUGCUGGAAUCAACAUAGACUCACUCUCCGAAGAAACUAAAUAUCAUAGCGUGAACUUAGCCUGAGUAGGACACAUCCAUCCCAAAAGAAAAUGUAGACAUCCUCUGUACUAUGUAAGGAUAAAGUGUGUGUAUGAGCUGAGUGUUGCCAUUUACGUGCACCCUGAGCAUAGACUGCCAGCACACUCCAACAGCUACCCGCCAUGCUGGGCACGUAACAAUGUAACUACAAAACCCCAAUUGUAGCCUAUUGCUGCUGCCCUCAGCAAAUGAGGAAGGAAAAAAACUGGGUGGACUUGAAAGAACACUCCUCUCCUAACUCCUUCUCCUUUGUCUGUUUCCUGCUGCUGCCCUGGGUUUCCUGAUAUGUCUCCUUCCAUAGGGGAGCAAAUGGGUGAGUCAGCGCUGGCCUGCUGGGUGAGCUGUUUAUGUAACUUCCUGGCUGAUAUAUGAAUGUGUGCAUCUGGGUUUCUGACAGUGGCAUCCAUCACUGGCUAUUCCUCUGGGACACGGGUGCUUCAAAAGUAAAAUUACAAUCAUACUCCAGAUUUUGUAAGAAUUCCUCUGUGAAUCCAGAUUCCCUCAGGGUUAGAAUGGGAGUCAGGUAACAAUAUUCAUUGAGUGGAAAGCAAUGUAUUAGGCAUCACAAAAAGCAAUCUUUAUCCUUCACAUUGCUGUGAGGGAGAGAUUUAUUACUAGUACAAAGAGAAAGCACACUUAAACAUCAAAUAGACACACACACACUGCCCCAACUGAACAAAGCAAAUCAGACCUUCCACCAAAUGAAGAGAAUAUUAAAGGCUUCACAGGGUAAGCCUUUAAUCAUUCGGUUGACCAAAACAAUUAAUAAAAAGAAAAAAGUGUGAAUCCAAGGUCUUCACUGUAAGACACUAAAUCUAACCUUUCUGCCUCUUCCC